AUGGUAUGGAUAAGAAAUAUUUCAGUUAGUUGGUUUGAACCAUUUUCAUGGGACAACAAUGUUUUAGCAAUUGCACCUAUAGUAUUUUAUGUUGAGAUUAUCACUAAUGUAAAUAAUAUGUUGCCUAGAAUUGUCGAAAGCGAUCUACAUUUUUUCUAUAUUGAUAUUAAUAUGUCUCAAGCUGUUGGCAACACAGCUUUAGCUUAUGCGAGAAUAUGGCAUUUGGUAGAUGCUAGGCAAAGAAUAUUGGGACGAAUGGCAAGUUCUAUUGCUGUGACUUUAAUGGGUAAACAUAAACCUAUUUAUGAUCCAGCAUCUGAUUGUGGUGACUAUGUGGUUGUAAUAAAUGCAAAGCACGUUACAGUGACUGGUAAGAAAUCAGAUCAAAAGAUCUAUCGACAUCAUACAGGAUAUCCAGGUGGAUUGAAAGAAAUACCUUAUAAAGACUUGUUAAGAAAAACACCUGAAGAGAUUAUUAGAAAAGCAGUAUCAGGAAUGUUACCAAAAAAUAGAUUGAGAGAUAUUCGGCUCAGUAGAUUAAAGGUUUUUCCAGAAUCCAAACAUUCGUAUGAAAAGAAUAUUAUAAAAAGAUAUGACCAAGAAACAAUGUUAUUGGAUGGUAAUAAUGAUCAUUUUUCAAAGAUUUAUAGAAAAGAAUUGAGGAACAAAGAAAGAAGAAUUAGAAGAUUAGAAACAAAAGAGAAAGCCAACACCAUCAAAAACACCAACACAACAAAUUCUUCCUAUCAAAACAAAAUUAAAUAA